UAUUUAUGCACUACCCACCCACCCACCCACCCACUCACCCACACGCUUCCGUAAACCCGUAAUCGCCCGAGACAACGCAGCUGAAGAAUCACUGUUCGCAGGAGCAAGCAGAAUGAGGAAGUUCGAUCCAUGGCCCGUGUUCUUCAAAAGGGAGUUCAACCGUAACUGGCCCUUCCUCGUCGGAUUCGCCAUCACCGGAACCAUCAUCACCAAGUUCUCCCUCGGCCUUACCGAGGAAGACAAGAAGAACUCCGUCUUUGCCCAAAGGCACAAAAAGUAAGUUAAACAUGCUCUCUUCUACAGAGGCGGAUACGGGUGAUUUUGGGUUGCGGUUAUGAUGCAAGUGUUGGUACAUUGGUUUAUAUUGUUUCCAGUAGUAAUAAAGAUCUAAGAUUGCAGCUUCUUGAUGAACUUGCAUCAAGAUACAAUAUGUUUCCUAUAUGAAUGUUUUGAGACAAGUUUUUGGUUGGUAUUUGUUUUGUGAACUGUUCUGAAGGGCUUCAUUGGAAGUCUAAACAUUGAAUAACAAAGUUAGUAAAUCCGGUGUCGCUGCUAUGAAAGUGUUUGGGCUUCUUAUGAA